AUGCCGGGUUUAGAUUACAAAUUUCUGGAGAGACCGAGGCGCCGCAUUCUGUGUCCUUUGUGUAACAAACCGAUGAGGGAACCGGUGCAGGUUUCCACCUGCGGACACAGAUUCUGCGAUACCUGCCUACAGGAGUUUCUCAGUGAGGGUGUGUUCAGGUGCCCAGAAGAUCAGCUGCCUCUUGAUUAUGCUAAAAUCUUUCCAGAUGUAGAGCUGGAGCAGCAGAUUCUGACUCUGCCCAUCCGCUGCAUUCAUAGUGAAGAAGGUUGUCGGUGGGCAUCUGCAAAUAAACAACUACAGGCUCAUCUGUCAGUAUGUGCUUAUAAUGUGGUCCCAUGUCCUAAUCGCUGCUCGAUCAAGUUAUUACGCCGGGAUCUACCUCAGCAUCUGCAGCAUGACUGCACCAAGAGGAAACUUCGCUGUGAUCAUUGCGCUGAGGAGUUCACCGGCGAGGCACACGAGAGGCACCAGGAUAUGUGUCCAGAGGAGAGCAUGUACUGCGAGAAUAAGUGUGGGGCUCGAAUGGUGCGCAGACUGAUGACCCAGCACAGUCUGUCUGAAUGCCCCAAACGACUGCUUCCCUGCAAAUACUGCAACAAGGAGUUCCUCUUUGACACCAUUCAGCAUCAUCAGAAUCAGUGCCCUCGCUUUCCAGUACAGUGCCCCAACAAGUGUGGGACACCUGGCAUUACCCGAGAAGAUUUGAUAACUCAUGUUAAGGAAGGCUGUGGAACUGCCAUGAUGUUUUGUCCGUUUAAAGAAGCUGGCUGCAAAUACAGAUGUUCCAAGCCUGCAGUGCCUCAUCACCUGGAAGAUGCUGCCCACUCCCACUUGUCCUUACUGUGCGGCCUAGUAAAUCGCCAAAGACUUGAGCUACGGGAGCUUCGUCGCAGAGUUGAGGAACUUUCCGGAAGCCAAGACGGGACUCUGCUCUGGAAAAUCCCUUGCUAUAGCCGCCACCUUCAGGAGGCCAGAAAUGGCUCGAACGGCAGCUCGGAACUAUUCAGCCCCGCCUUCUACUCUCAUCGCUAUGGCUAUCGCCUCCAAGUAUCUGCCUUCCCCAAUGGGAACGGCAGUGGUGAGGGAAUGCACCUGUCUGUCUACAUCAGGGUUCUUCCAGGAGAAUACGACGGCCUGCUGGAGUGGCCGUUCCCCUUUCGAGUCACGUUUUCACUCAUGGACCAAAGCGACCCAGCCCUCUCCAAACCACAGCACAUCACAGAGAGCUUCAACCCAGAUCCAACCUGGCCGAACUUCCAGAGACCUCAGCCUGGAGCAGUGGGAAGCGUGCGCUCAGGCUGCCUAGAUGAAAGCUUGCUGGGCUUUGGCUACCCGAAAUUCAUCUCGCAUGAGCAGAUGAAGAAGAGGAACUACAUCAGGGACAAUGCAAUCUUUAUCAAAGCGUCUAUUGAUGUGGUGCAGAAGAUAAUUAACUGAGCAGUACUACAGAACUAAGAGUGAAAAAAUAAGGAGAAAUGUUGUAUCCAUAUGUUAUUGGAAAGAAGGUGGCAGAGGCAGAUAAAAAACAAAACUGAAGGUUAAUAGCCAUAAACAUGGUGGAGAAGCUGAGUUAGCAAGUAAUGUUAGUAUGGAGCUACAGAUCAAAUAUACGCAGUCUGGGGUUUGGGGUCAAAAGAAGGGGGUCCAAUAAAUUGUGGGCUCAAGGACUGGUCACAGUUGAAGUGGAAAGGGUCAGGCCAAGACUUGGAUGUUUCAGAUGGAAAUUUUCCACCACUGUGAUUCAGUUAGCAAUUUAACUGUGGGUUAACAUUUUAGAAAAAUUUAGCAAUUGGUAAAUUGGCAAAAUAUUUGCAAACCCUAUUGCACUGUUAAUCAAUUCCCAACCUCAGCACUUGGUUGAAAAUCUUUUUUUAAUAAUCUGUAAUAAGCAGUUUCAGUAAGUGCUAACAAAUUUCUGAUGCCUCUUUAGUUUAAUCUUUGCCCAUUCCCUCUGUGCUAAAGCUUCCAGCUCUUUAAAUCCCACCAAGUUUUCUUUUGGAUUGAAAUAAAAAAGUUAGUAGGCCGGCCACUCCAGGAUACUACAGGACUGAUUACCUAACCAAGCUUUGAUGACUUGGAAGUGUGUUUGGGAUCACUGUCUUGCUGGAAAAUCCACUUAUCACCUAGGUUCAAUUUUACCACAAAAUGCAUUCUUCAUUUUUUUGUUAAGUGAUGAUCUUGGUUGCCAAUGACACAUUUGUCAUCCUGUGUUUCAUUGGGUCAUCCUGUAAGCCCGGGGUCACCAACAUGGUGCCCCCGCGGGCAUCUGGUCGCCCACAGGGCUUGUUCUAAAAGUAGCACUCGUCACCAUGGAGCGCCGUCUAAAAAUUGUAUUUGUGUUGCUGUUUUUGAAUCAAUAACACUUGCAUUGAUGUGGAUUUGAAAUGACAACAGUGAAUAUGAAAUUCUAAAAACAAAAAUGUUUUAUGUACUGUAUAUAAUAACUCUGAUCUUGUCUGGGGUCAAAGUUUAAUAUCACGUGCAAGACAAAUCGCCAUCUUACUCUUUGUUGUUACAAUGGGGAGAGAGACGUGGUUUCUACCCCCAAAAAAUAAAGAAA